AGGGGAGUGGGGAGUGAGCGGCGGGGAAGGGGCAGAGUUUGUAGACGGUGCCUUAGCCUUGUGCACAUCUGGGCAGCUCGGAGGUCUUCACUGGGGAGAGACUGCGGGUACCGAGCUCUCAAUCAUCAGCCUCAGUCUCAUCAGCCUCAGCACCGGGAGGACACCGAUUCUAAAGAGCUUGCUCUCUGCUGGAAGAGAAAUCUGAUGAACGUGGAUCUUCAAAAUACUUCCUCAGCUGCCCAGUUUCUCAUCAGCUCCAUUAGAAAUUAAAGUUUGGCUCCAAGGGCCUAUACAUAUGUUCUUCACCCAAGGAUCUGUCUCAUCAAGGAUCCCUAACACACCAUGACCCUCAGCAUCUACCCAUUGUGUUUGGGGCUGACUAAUAGACAGCACGUUGUGAGCUGAGGAAUGGCCUCUUUGGACCUGCCUUAUCGGUGCCCAAGGUGUGGUGAGCACAAACGUUUCCGGAGCUUGUCCUCCUUGAGGGCUCACUUGGAAUACAACCACACCUAUGAGACCCUCUAUGUCUUGUCUAAGACCAACAGCAUUUGUGAUGCCACUAUCUUCCCCAUAACCAGUGAGGCUGCUCUGUUGACCCCAGCACACCGUAGGGACGUCUUUGAGAGUACAUCUUUCCAGGGAAAAGAGCAGAUAUUUACUCGAGACUUAGUCCAAGUGGAGGACUUGAGUCCAUCCUCUUCUCGAUACACACAAGAGGUGGAGAUCCCCCUAGCAGACAUAUUCACUAAGACAGCCAUGGCCUCACAUUCCCCACCACCAGCAGCAGUGGCAGCAGCAGCAGCGGCAUCAGCUGCAGUGGAUGCUGCCUAUGAGGAAGGGCUUGCUAGGUUAAAGGUUCGAGCCUUUGAGAAGCUGGAAGUAGACAAGCGACUGGAAAAACUAACGGAGGAAGUGGAGCAAAAAAUAGCCACCCAGGUUGGUCGGUUGCAAGUCGAGUUAGAGAGGAAGAGCUCGGAGCUGGAUAAAGCAAAGCAGGAGAGUGUGCGUCUGAGCCGAGAGAAGCAAGAGCUGGAGGACAGGGCCUCGGAGCUCACACGACAGGUGGACGUCAGUGUGGAGAUGUUGGCUUCUCUCAAGCAGGACCUGGUGCAGAAAGAACAGGAGCUCACCAAGAAACAGCAGGAGGUGUCAGAGAUCGACCUUUUCCUGAAGGAGACGGCGAGUCGGGAAGCGAACGCCAAGGUGCGGCUGCAGCAGUUCAUCGAGGAGCUCCUGGACCGAGCCGACAGGGCGGAGAAACAGCUCCAGAUCAUCAGCAGUUGUGGCUCCACCCCCAAUGGCAGUUUGGGCAGAUGCAGUGUGACCGGGUACAAGGAGACCCCCAGACAGAGGGACCGACAUGUUGGAGCAGCUUCCCAUGGCUCUUACUCAGUCGCUAACAAUCAGCGCUCCUCUUCCAUUGGGGCCUCCAACAGAGUAAAAACUGUAUCCCAGAGCUCCGGGUGUUAUGAAAGUGAUGGUGCGGAGCAGGCAGGGGGCGAGGACAGUUUGGAGGGUCCCCGAUACACGGUGAAUAACCAGGGAGCAGACAGCAGCUUUGAGAGGAGCAAUAGUCGGAGCUCAGGACUGCGCAGACAGGCAUUACAGAACUGGCACCGGCGCCCCUACAGGAACAGCACAGAAGGGGAAGAUGGGGACAUCUCUGACGUGGGAUCCAGGACUACUGAGUCGGAGGCAGAAGUUUGGGAGCAGGAGAGCGUUGGGUCUGCAGAGCUCAACUCCAGCCGGGCAUCAGGAGGCUGCAAGCCCAAAGGGAGGAUCCAGAGGCCGGAGAAGGGAAGUCCUUCUCGUUCCAACGAGGUGAUCAGCCCCGAGAUCCUAAAGAUGAGGGCGGCUCUGUUCUGCAUCUUCACCUACCUCGAUACCAAGACAUUGCUGCGGGCGGCUGAAGUCAGCAGAGACUGGAAAUUUGUGGCUCGACAUCCGGCCGUAUGGACUCGAGUGUUCCUGGAGAAUGCCAGGGUGUCCCCAAAGUUCCUGGUAACCCUCUCCCAGUGGUGCACUCAGACCCACUCGCUGACCCUACAGAACCUCAAACCUCGGCAGCGAGGGAGGAAGGAGACCAAGGAGGAGUACAUGAAAAGCACACGAGGCUGCCUAGAGGUCGGGCUGGAGACUCUGCUUAAAGCGACAGGAGGGAACCUGCUUAUUCUGCGUAUAUCACUAUGUCCCAAUGUACUGACUGACCGUUCCCUUUGGCUGGCCAGCUGUUACUGCCGGGCACUGCAAGCUGUCACAUACAGGAGUUCAACAGACCCAGUUGGUCAUGAAGUGAUUUGGGCGUUAGGGGCUGGCUGCAGAGACAUCAUCUCCCUCCAGGUGGCGCCAUUGCAUCCUUGCCAGCAGCCCACUAGGUUUAGUAAUCGAUGCCUGCAGAUGAUUGGACGAUGUUGGCCCCACCUGAGAGCGCUGGGAGUAGGCGGAGCUGGUUGUGGGGUACAGGGACUCUCUUCUUUAGCCCGUAACUGCAUGCGCCUGCAAGUUCUAGAACUGGAUCAUGUGACCGAAAUCAACCAAGAAGUGGCAGCAGAGGUUUGCCGGGAGGGUCUGAAAGGCCUGGAGAUGCUGGUGUUAACUUCCACGCCAGUCACGCCCAAAGCCCUUCUGCAUUUCAACAGCGUCUGUCGGAACCUAAAAUCCAUUGUGGUACAAGUGGGCAUUGCAGAUUACUUCAAGGACCCCAGCAGCCCUGAGGCCAGGAAACUUUUUGAGGAAAUGGUGAACAAGUUGCAGGCUCUCAAGAAGAGACCUGGUUUCUCCAAGAUUCUACACAUUAAAGUAGAAGAAGGCUGCUAACCCUGUUUUCUACCAGACUGUAUUCUUUUGUGAUUCUGAGAUCCUCUGAACUGCCCAGAGUUCCAUUUUGCAGUCUCCACAUGGGAAGUGCCAUUAAUAACCAUUGCCAAAUAUACAGAAACAAACAUAUCUUCAACGCCUUCACUGUAAAGCUGUGCCGGGCCCAGAGGAGAAUAAGGCUCUCACAGGCCUAUCCUGCGACACUGGCUGGUAACACCAAACUUCAGGGUUCUUAAUCUCCAUUCUUUUUUUGGUCAUGUAUCAUAGUAGAGAAGGAACAGUUUCAGUGUGCGGCUCCCUGGGGCCGGAUGUAGCGUUACAAGCAAGUCCAUAGUGCACUGCGAAGUAUGUGUGGACCUUAUUAUUAUUUGUGUUUCUGUCAAGUGAGAUAUACAUAUAAAUCUGUAUAUUAAUAUAUGAAUAUAUCAAUAUUUUAACUAUAAAUAUAAAUAUACUAUUAUUUAAAAAAAAAAGCUGUGGAACCAGCAAGUGUUCCAAUUUAAAUUAUGUUCAUAGUAAUAUAAACAGGAACUUACUUACUAUAAGCAUGAGGAGCAGAGUCAUCUAAUAAUGGGACAGAUACCUCCCAACUUCUUUAUUCACUGUGUGAAACUCCACCAUGUUGACCAUAGAAGAACAUUGUCUUCUGCAGGCAAUAAAGUCAAUCGACAAUGAAUGAACAUCAACAUUGCUCAUUAAAGAGGUGGAAAAUCGUAGCAAAGCCUCAGAAGAACGGAGGCAGUUGUUAGUGCAGAGCCAUGAUGUGUCCUACUAAUGUCUGGACUUAAACUUAAUAAGCCAUUCUAUAGGUUGUUUGGACAGUCGCCAUACCUUUACCCGCACAUGUAUGGCUAUAGACUGUUGCGGGGCUGCAGAGGUUAGUAUUUUCAUUCUGAAUAGCACUUGGGUUUCAUUUGUUUCUUAAACUUGUUGAAGGUUCAUUUCACUGGAAAGAUGUAAAUGUACUUUCAAGAAUCUCUAUGGAUAGAAGGAUACGGGAGCAGACGAGGCAAGAAAGUCGUUAUGUAAAAAAGCAAUUUAUGGUGAAAAGUAGAAUAAUGAACAAAGUUUUGCUAAGCAAGAAUGGGAGCUGGUACCCAAGUCCAAAGCCAUACCUUUGCAUUCAGAUAGGGAUCAGACUAACUAGCUUACACUUCCCUGUAGAUCCUGGCAGCAGGGCAGCUUCAAAUCUUAAAGCACCCUCAAAUACCUGGAGUACUAACAACUACCCUGCAUGGAUACCUCUGUGUAUUCACUGUUAAGUAUAUAAGCCCUGUUUUAUUUAAGAUAUGGAUAAUAUUGUGUCUUUUAAUGACCUUGUUACUCGUGAAAAGAGCAUUUAUAGAUGAACCAAUAACCCUCUAGCAAUUAAUCAGCAUUCAGUAUGUGUAGGUUGAUAAAAACUCAACCCGACCCUAACUUGUAAAACCUUAACCCGAUCCUAACCUGCAAAAUCUCAAUUUGUGCGCUACUUCUGUGAGCGCCUCUAGUUCCAAGAGAGGGAAUCUUUGGGAGCAGUGGAGGAGUGUACUCCCCCAGUCUGACCCGCAUCCAACCCUAACCCACAAUGGUUGGCCAAAUGUCAACCCAAACCUGCCCAACCGAUGGUCAACCCAUGGGUCACCACGGGUUUCGGGUCAACCUGCAUAUCUCUAUCGCUCAGUGCAUCCUGUCCAAUGUCGACCACAAGCAGCCACAUCCUGCAAUCUGUACAAUCUGUAUCCAACUUGGCUUUACACACAAGGAGGGUCUGAUUUGCCCAUUUAGAAAUGGCUACAGCUAGGUAUAGCCUUGGUAACCCGUUCAGCCAAUAACAUCUGGUGUUGCUUGAUGUCCAAGCAGAUCUGCCAGAAUAUUAUGAGGAGCCACAGAGAGAAACUGGGUUGCUUCCUUCCAAAAUGACCAAACCACCCAACAACAUAGGCCUGUAUGUGUUAUAGAGAGAGGUUUUAAGAGAUCUGUAUGAAGUAGCUGCACAUUUCUAGCCUUGUUUGCGGUCUGUGAGUCAAAAGUGUGGUGGCCUAGUUUUAAUUAUCAUGAAGAAAGGCGAAGUGAAGAAGGAUCACUGCCUGAUAGCAGUCUGCCUUAAUAUCACAUCUGGGCCUUACUAUUCCUUUAUUGGCCUCUGCCAGAGCAACAUGGAUGCUAUCGAAAAUUCCUAUUAUUCAUUAUGUCCAUUUAGGAUUGUUUCCCUUUUCCAAACAGUGGUGAUAUUAAAUAAGGACAGAAAAGGACAUUUUUCCUAGGACCCCAUCAUCAAAAGAGCCUGGCUAGAUACACUUACAUACAUCGAGUGUUUCUUGUGCUGCAGGCUUCUCAUACCUUAUUUUUGUGUUACACCAACAAGGCCUGGUCCCACUCUGGACCUGUUUCCAGGCGGUGUUUUUUGUGUGGCCAUAUGUGGAUUUCUGUGCCUCCAGUAUUAGUUCCUUAGUUUGGGGCAGACGGUGCCCGUGUGAAAGACGACCACCCAGUGAAACCCAAGGCCACCUCUGAGUUUAGGUCAGCAGCGCCCGCAACGUUCAUGUUCGUCUUAUUUAGUAGGGUCUUUAUAGUUCUUUCCCCUCAGAAAAAUCCUGUGCAGUAACCGUGUAAGUAAAUUCUGGAGAUCAAUGUCAAAGUGAAUUGUGACCCUCUCGUCCAGUUACUGAGCCUCUCCUCGGGCGCCAUGUUAGCUCUCCCGCUUGCUGUAAGUCGCAUGCCUGUCCAUCAAUCAGAAUUUAGUGCAAUCAAUCCUAUCUUGUGCCUUUUUGGCCAGAGUGCUUUAUAUGGCUUCUUUUAUUGGGUUUUGUUACACGACUAUUGACAUAUUCAGUCAUUUCUGUAGAACUACCUGUGUAAGAAACGAUUUGCGUGACUUGAGGCGGUUAUUCACAUUUACUAAUGUGUUUAUAUGGUUAAAGGGAUGAUAAUUAUAGGCCUGGUUGGUUUCAGUAGUCACUGGCCAAUGAUGUUUAAAUACAGACUGUUGCUGAAUUUUGCACUUUGGCAGUUUGAAUAGAUUUUAGCUUUAGGUGCAAACCAGUCCCUUACUGUACUAUAGAUUUAGGCAAUAGAAGCUAAUGUGGUGGGAAUAUCCUUCAAGAGAUAUUCCUGGUCAUGUACGAGGGACACAAGGGACAUCCUAUGUUAUUACUGGCUCAUUUAUAUGUUAUUUAUGUCCACGCCACUGAACAGAGCAGAAGUGAUUUAGGAAGUCAGAACGCUAUGCACUGCCAUAGAGAGAUGUAGGUUUAACUGACUUGGGUCUAGAAAAUCGUAGCUCCCAAAAUAAAGGAAGAAAAAGAAGAAAAGGCACAGGUUGCAGAUUUAUUAAGGGUCGAGUUAUCUAUCCCACGAAAAA